UGGGAAUGAAGACAAGGUUGACUCUAAUUCGUCGAACAUCCAGUGAACUCUUGUUUACAUCUCGUGGACAGACAGCGUUUGGAGGGACAGCCCUGUCACUGAACAGUCCAGAGCACAAUACCAGACGGACUGCUGAGCGAGAGAGACCACAUCUCGAACCGACAUCCACAGGGCGGCCGACUGAGCCGCCACGAGAUUUGCCAUGCAAAUCACGGUGCGGCAAGGUGCCAUGCAGCUCCAUGCCGCACCGUGUCCUUGGUUAAAUAUACACAGCCCAGAGCGGCAGCGAGCCCGGAGCGCCCGCUUGUCAAUUUGAGGGCACGGCACGUUUUGCUGAUCGACCAUUCCAUGUCGAAACCUGUCGCCUUCAUGCCUUCAGAAGGCCCGAGCGCAGUAUAUAUAAAGGCCAAGGAGCUUACGAACCUGCACCAAAACAUCCAUCACCAAGAAAGCAAGCAACAGCAGCACCGAAUCCGACACAUAGACGCCGGUCAUCUUAAUCUCUCUGUAUACACAAUGGCCACCGAGCAGCAGCGAAAGGAGUUGGACGCCCGCGCAAGGGCUGGGGAGGAGGUUGUGCCCGGCGGCCGCGGUGGAAAGUCUCUCGAAGCUCAGGAGCAUCUGGCGGAAGGUCGUAGCAAGGGAGGACAGACUCGUUCGAGUCAGCUGGGGAGAGAAGGAUAUCAGGAAAUGGGACGGAAGGGAGGUUUGUCCACGAGUGAAGAAUCGGGUGGAGAAGCAGCGAAAUCGAAGGGUAUCAACAUCGACGAAAGCAAAUUCAAGACGGGAACGAAGGAAUGAUCAAAACUUGAUCAUUCCGUAGUAUGCCCUUCGAAAUGCAAAUACGUACAGGACGUAGUGAAGGGUAUGUUCAGGAAGCGUCGUUGAUGCAUGCCACUUGCAGCGUCGUGAAUUUGCCAUUAUCCAUCCGGAUGUGGAUUUUACUGCGAACCGGACAUGCCCAAAAUUAGUGUUGUACAUAGAGCCCGAAGAAGGGUAGAUAAAAAUGGGUAUAUAGAAAUGGGUAUGGUCGUAAAUAUACAUAGUGGUGUCAGAAAUGUUUCGGUGGGAUGUGUAGAUGGUCAGAUUAAUGUACAUAAUCUGUUUUUCCUUCUGCCAUAGCGCCGUAAAUUAAUUUCUGAAACUUAGUAAAACUCCCUACAGAGCGUCGGACUUUUCUUCACUCAUGCCGAGAAAAUAUUCUGUUACAUCCUGUCAUGACGGAAUUUUAUCUGCAGACGGAUAGUUAUCAGCGGGAAGCAGUCGGCUAGUGAAAGAAAGAUCUUGAGUUUUUGGGAAUAAGUAAUAAAACACCA